UAAUUAAUUAAUUAAAUAAAUAAAAUUAUUUAUUUUUUAAAAGUCAGGAUUUAAUUUAAUAAAAAUAAAAAUAAAAUUGUGUAUUAAAAUUUAUUUGAGUUAUUUUAAAGAAAACAUGCAAGGUCUCAAGUUAUUUAAAAAAUUUUUACUACCUGGAGGAUUAUGCGGAGCAGUUCCAAUAAUUAGGCCAGAACCAACUCCUCCAGAUGCGCCCGUACUUUGCAGCAACGACGGAUCUGUACCGAGAAUAAUUAGGCCGUCGGAAUUACCGAUUUAUGUUCAUCAUGAGCAAAAAAAAAUUAAACCUGAGAUACGUGAUCCAAAUAGUAUUCGAUCGCAAAUAGAAGACGGAUUUGGGACAAUAAGAAAAACAUUUUCCGGCGUUUCGGAUCAGUAUCAGAUGGUCCAUGAUAAAAUUAGCCAUGUUUACAACACAGGACUUGCUCAUAGUAAAGGAUCAAUUGAUUACUUGCACCAAGAAGAAAAUAUUCUCCCCCGAAUCGGCACAAUCUUAGGCGGAGGACUAGUUGGAUUUUUAUUCGGUAUCCGCGGAGGAAGAUUCAAGCGUUUUAUUUACAUGUCAACUGGUGCUGGAUCAAUGGCUGCUAUUUGUUACCCCGAUUUAGCAAAAGACACUUUAAAUUCUAGCAAACAUUACAUCAACAUUGGCUACAAUUUUAUUUACGGCGUAAAACCAGGAGAAGCGAACCAAAAAGAAAUAAAAUGGCCGGAAUUACCGAGUAUUAAAUUACCGGAUAAUUUCAAUGACUUCCUGGUGUUGGUUAAAGACACCGGGUGUAGUGUAGUCACUUCUAUCGGUUCAUUAACUGGAGAUUUAAUUAAAUCCGAUGAACCGAGUCAAAAAGAGAACAAACCUGCGGAAGCAACAAAAGAAGCAAAAAAUAAAUAGAUUCAAAAUUUUUUUGUGAAAAAAAAAAAAUUUACAAGAUUGUAGAUAAAUUAUUAACUGUCUUAUUAAAAUU